AUUGGACUGGCCAGGGCUGCCGUUGUCAAUUUCUUCUAAUUGAAGCCUCUCUGCUGAGCAGUAUCUUCUAUUUGAAGUGCCCGAAAUCGUAAAAAUCGGUCUGCGGAGAUUCUCUGGACGUUGUCAGUUUCUUCUAUUUGGAACCAUGGCCCAACUUCCCCAAAAUGACUGCCUUCUAUUUGAAAAUAUUGUUUCUUAUCUUCUAUCUUUCCCGUUCGGAUUAUAUCCCAAAGCUCUUCAUGGAUUGGGUCGCACAGUGUGCGGAGAGUAUCUACCGUCAGGAGAGUUAGUUCACAUCCAAAGGUAUCCAGGCCGUAGCUCUUGGAUAACUGCUCAAUCAAAUAGUCUUCUAGCAUUUCCCAAUUAUGGUGGAUGCUUACCGGAACGACUAUGUGUAUUUCAUUGCCUGCCAUAGUGACGAGCUUGAGGGGACAAGGGCAGGUGCCGGCAAGUUCAUCGUCGCAACUGUCGUACAUGCUACCCAUCCACGAGUAGCUCCAGAAUUUCAGCUAUUGUGGGUUUGAGCCAAAAGCUGCCACUCUUGCUACUAGUUACCCUGCUUAUUAGGGCAGUACUUGACUGGUGUCAGGCAUCCCAGAGGGUUGGGGGCCAGAGGCAGCGCUCGUGGUGUCCAUAUUUUGCUCGGUUUGUGAAUCCGUCUGCGCGGCUGUAAUGGGGUUUGUUUGAUCCAUUGUGGUGUAAAAAACAUCAAUUCCUAACCGCGAGCGUGUUGUGGUGACAGCCUCCGCAUCCUGAAGAUACCUCGAGUGACUGUACCACGUGACGAUGUGCUGAUGUGCCAAUUGGACCGCGAGAGAACCACUGCCAGGUGGCACGUAGGUGUCAUCUUCUACCUCCUCUUCGUCACACUCAGGGUCCGCACUGGUGCCGCUCACCUCACCUUGGGUCCACGUUAACGACGACGAUCCUUGGAAACAGGCCCCCUCAUGCUGUCUCCUCUCCGUUCGGGGAGACGGCCCAUUUCAGAUCACUGGCUCGAGACAGAGGAGCUUCGCAUUUUCAUAUGUUCGUUUAUUGAGCAAUCAUACAUGCAUUUUUAGUGUUGAUGUUGGGGGGUUGAACAGGGCAGUUUGAUCGUGUGGGUUCGAGGAUUAGUCGAUGUUUGUCACGUGGACUUGGACGAUGCUGCAUUGUGGCUCGUGAGCGGGAUAAGAGGCAUUUUAACUAAACUUGUCCGAUCCGCUUGUGUAGUAUUUCCUUUUUGGGCACUUGUAGUUAGCAUUGGUAUCCAUACUGCUGUGCAAUCAUGAAAAGUCCAUGGUCCAUGGUGUUCAAGUGUCCCAGCACUUAACAACUUUAACGAUGGUGUAUUUUGAGUGUGGGCAGUGCAAUGAAACGGUGAAAAAACCAAAGCUGGCAAAACAUUUGUUGAGUUGCCGUGCCUCAUAUGUGAGUUGCAUUGAUUGCUCCAAGGUCUUCGCCUGGAAUGAGUGGGAAACACAUACGAGUUGCGUUUCAGAGGCUCAGAAGUACCAGGGAAAUUUGUACCAGCCGAAAGAGAGUACAAACAAAGGGCAACUAAAGCAAGAUGCUUGGGUGGACAAUGUUAGACAAGCUAUUGAAGACCCAAAGAUGGACAUUGCGCCGCAGAUGAGGUCCCAGAUGGAAAAACUCCUAGGAUUUGACAACAUCCCGCGAAAGCAGAAAGCUUUUACAAACUUUGUCAAGAACUCGUUGAAGAUAUGGGAUGAAGCAAGGAUAGAAGCAAUGUGGAAGAUCAUAGCAGCCGCAAAUGCAAAGCCAGCAGGAAAUACCAACCUCGGCAAGUCCGACCAGGCCAAAGCAUGGCCUGGCUGGAAGCGAGCUGUCGAUGAAGAGUUGGAAGCUUCCGGCGGCGCCAUGCCGUGGAAGCGAUUGUGUUUGCGUUUGGUUGAGCGAUUCAGUGAGACUGGAUCUGGAUGCAACGGACAUGGUGAUGAUCUAGAGCUGCAGGCUUUGAGUAGCAUUCCAGAGGAAUACUGCUCUGACAAAGACCCUACAGUCACGCUCGUGAGAUAAAGGGUUUGUGAGCAGUGGUGGAAAGUGCGGUCAGCUGUCAGAUAAUUAUGAACGUCCUCGCAUGAAGCUUUGCCAAAUAUUCC